AAUCCUAAAGGGAAACGCAGAAUCUCCGCCUCUCUAUACACAGACAAAGCUGUUAGAGUAGGGCAACAGUAACUGACAUUAACUCGAUGGCUCAAACCAAUCCAAGCAGAAAAGUUCACGACUGGUCGAGUCUUCAUCAAGAUAUUGUCGACUCGAUCGCCAAACGAAUAGUCUCUCGGGCAGAUUUGAUUGCUUUUGCCGCAGUUUGUAAAGCAUGGAGAUCAGCCGCCAUCAAAGAAUACUUUACCAGCCGAUCAACACUGAAAUCUCCAGUGCUGAUGAUCCAAGCCAAGAACAAGGAGAAGGGCACUCUCACCCCUGAAUUCUACAACAGCUCAAAGAGUACAUGGUCAAAGGGUACGUUUCACAAACUUGGUCUGCUAGCACCCAAGAAAACAAAGCAGUCUUUUUAUUCUUCUCUAGGCUGGCUGGUGGCUGUGUCUGAGGAUUUGAAGGUUGAUCUGCUGCACCCUUUAAGCCAUGCCCAGAUUGAACUUCCAGAUAUUAACAAAGUCAGAAACCAUCACCAGCAACAGAGCUUUUCUGGCGUGCCGUACGAGUUCAUAGCUAGUAAGUUUGUCUUGUCAUCAAGCCCUUCUUGGACGUGUGGUUAUAUAGUGACUGUUAUUUAUAGGAUUUUGGGAGGCUGGGGAUUUUGGAGACCAGGAGAAGAUGAAUGGACCAGUGUGGGAAGGAAUAUAAUGGAUCUUGCUUAUUAUAAAGGGCAGUUUUAUGCUGUGGACUUUGAUGGGAAUAUAAUGGUUUGUGAGAUUGCAGAGCCUGAGCAACCAAAAAUGAGGAUUGUUGUUCCGAAAGUGCCAAUGGAACCCAUGUGUGCUUCUGUUGAUCAAAGCCUUUAUCUGGUGGAAUCACAGGGGGCCUUGUUGGUGGUUCUGCGUCUUAGGCAAUGGUUCAGUUCGACAACUGAGUUUAGGGUUUUCAGUGUGCCAUUGGAGGGUUGUGGCAAGUGCUGGUGCCAUUGGUCGGAUUUGCAGGUAAAGAACUUGGGUGACAGUACCCUAUUUCUGGGACGCCAUAAUUCUUCAUUCUCUAUCGAAUGCAAGAAUAACAAGAACUUUGUAUGUUUGGGGAAUAGCAUUUGCUUCACGGUUGAUUUUUGUGAGUGUCUUGCACUUACCAAUGGAGAUAUGGACGCCAGUUAUUUUGUUUUCAAUAUGACAGACGGGAAACUCAAGCCUUGCUUGGGCAAACGCCUCAAUUUAAGAGCGCCAUAUUUAUGGAUUCAAGCACCAUUUUAAAGCCUUAGGUGAUUGUUGUAUUUUAAAAUCUCAUCUUUGGAUAAUCAAGCCAUGUUGGGUAAAAUUGGUUGGAGAUUACAUGCUGAAGAUGAGGGUUUGUGGGCUAAAUUUUUUGAGGAUAAGUAUCUGAAAGGCUGCUCUACUUUGGAUAAUUCUCUGGAGGUUAGGAAGGAUUGUUCUGCCACUUAGAAGGGAAUUUUACAUGGCUCUAAGCGUCUUUUGCAGGGGAUGACUUGGAGAAUUGGUAUGGGGGAUAAGGUGAAGUUUUGGACUGAUAAAUGGUUGUCUGAUGUGCCUUUGAUACAUUAUGAGGGGGUGGGGGAGUUGUUGGACCUUGAUGGUCCUGUGUCAAGUUUCUUUAAGCAGGGAUGGUGGGAUAUUAAGAAGCUGAGAGCUACUGUGCCUGAAGAGGUGGUGCAAAAAGUUAUUAGUUUCUCUUCUGGGUUUAAUAGUAAUUUGGAGGAUUCCCAGAUUUGGAAGCCUAAUGCCAAUGGGAUUUUUACCAUAAAAUCUGCUUAUCAAUUGCUUUUUGGAGAUUCUUCUUGGACUGAUGCUUUUUGGAAGGCUUUGUGGCAGUUGAAACUUCCCCCCAAGUUGUAAGUUUUUACCUGGCUUGCGUACCAGGAUAAAAUUAUUUCUAAUGAUCAGAGAGUUCGGAGGCAUUUAUCUAUGGAUUCUUCUUGUUCUUUAAAUGAUUGGCCUUCUGAAGCUGCUGUCCUUAUUCUCAGAGAUUGUAGUAAAGCCAAAGAGGGCAGUUGGGAGAAAGUGCAAUCUCUUUUGGCUUGGGAUUUUCCUGGGACUGCAGUGGCCAACAUAAUUUGGAUGGGUCACAUAAAGCGGCUUUUGGGAAUAUUGGUGCUGGAGGCGUUCUUCGUAAUAGCAAUAGGGAAUGGCUUGGGGGAUUUGCUGUGAAUCUGGGGAAGGGUCAAACAUCUCCUUGCUGGUCUGCUGUGUAACUGCUGUGAUUUUCUUAGGCAGUUUGACACUUACAAGAUUCACCAUAUUUUCAGAGAGAAGAAUUGCCUUGCUGACUGCCUAGCAAACUGGAGUUUCAAUCUGGAUUUAGGUAUUUGUUUCUUUGACACUGCUCCUGUUUGGGCUACUGAAGCCUUGGUUGAUGAUUUGUUAGGCGUUUCUCAUGCUCGUUUGAUUGGUAUUGUAAGAGUGUAGCUGUUUUGGGGUCUCCCCCCUAUUUCAUUUAUAAAAAAAAUCUCAUCUUUGGAUCAAA